UGGCCAUCCUGCAACCCGGUUGAAGGAAGUGCUGCGGGUGAGCCGGUGGGUUAAUGGUGAUGGCAUGAGGACAUUAGUAAGGACGCGCUGCGGGUCCAGCGAGGAGGAGGAUGAGGAUGGUGGUGGGCGUGAUGGUCCUUGGUCAGCUACUGACGAGGAUCUUGCUCGCGGCCCACGCAGGAGAUCGCCUCGCGGCAGCUCGCAGAAUUCUAAAGGACGUGCCACUGAUAGAUGGGCACAACGACCUACCCUGGAAUAUACGGAAGUUCCUGAAGAACCAGUUGAGGGAGUUCAGGUUUGAUGACCUAAGUGACAUUCAUCCCUGGUCACGGAGCGCCUGGAGCCACACAGAUCUCAAGAGAUUGAGACAGGGCAUGGUUGCAGCGCAGUUCUGGUCCGCGUAUGUGCCCUGCUCGUCGCAGCAUCUCGAUUCGGUCCAGCUGGCCCUGGAACAGAUUGAUCUUAUUCGCCGAUUGGUCAACAAGCAUGCGGACAGUAUGGUCCUCGUUACCACAGCGGAAGGUAUCGAGAGAGCGCACAAAGAGGCUAGAUUAGCAAGCCUGAUAGGAGUCGAAGGGGGCCAUGCUGUCGGAGCGAGUCUGGCGGUCCUGAGGAUGCUGUACGAGUUGGGCGCCAGAUAUCUCACCCUCACGCACACGUGUAACACGCCUUGGGCAGACUGCAGCACGGCGGAUGAACCCGGUCAAGUGCCUCAAAUCGGUGGUCUCUCGAAUUUCGGCAAGAGUGUCGUACUGGAGAUGAAUCGACUUGGGAUGAUGGUGGACCUCUCUCAUGUCUCGGUGCCAACGAUGCUGGCAGCUAUGACGACGUCGAGGGCGCCAGUGAUUUUCAGUCACAGCAGCGCUCACGCUCUUUGCAACUCCUCGCGAAAUGUGCCUGACCACGCGCUGCGACUUUUGGCGCAGACCGGUGGUAUAGUUAUGGUAUCCUUCUACCCUCAUUUUAUCAGCUGUGGCGAAAAAUCGACGCUCGAGGAUGUAGCAG